GACUCUGGACAGUUUACCCUUGGUUCUGAGGACCAAAGCGUCCUACAGUGUCAAGUCUGGUUAAGAACCCCAGAACCCGAUAUUCCCAGUACUAGUCACCGUUGAGGGCUUUUUUGUUUGUUUCUUUGUUUUUUGUUUUGUUUAAUUUUCUGCUAAUAGUGUGCAGGUGAGCUUGCUUUCUUGGGAAGCAAGGGUGCAGGGGUUGAGAUUCAUAGAGGUAGCAGAAAAGGUUGAGUUUUCUUGUUGUGUCUCCUUUAAGAAAACAUCCUACUGAGACACCUGGGAAAAGAGACAAAGAAGCCAGGGAAGGGCUGGGGGAGGGAGCUCCUGCUCUGCCCUGCAGUGGGCUGAAGGCCCUCUGAAGACCAGCAUCCCUGGAGGGGUCCCUUGAUUCACUUCUCCCACUAAGGAGCUCUGGAGCACCAGGACCAUGAAUACUCUUAAUAGGAACCAGAUAGGCCCUGGAUGCAAGACCCAAGCAAUGGUGCAGAAAGGCCCCUUGGACCUGAUCGAGACAGGCAAAGGGCUGAAAGUGCAGACGGACAAACCCCAUCUGGUGAGCUUGGGCAGUGGGCGACUCAGCACGGCUAUCACCCUUCUGCCGCUGGAGGAAGGGAGGACAGUGAUUGGCUCUGCGGCCAGGGACAUCUCGCUGCAGGGUCCGGGUCUGGCCCCCGAACACUGCUACAUCGAGAACCUUCGAGGCACACUCACCCUCUACCCCUGUGGCAAUGCCUGCACUGUUGAUGGGCUCCCUGUCCGGCAGCCCACCCGGUUGACUCAGGGCUGCAUGUUGUGCCUGGGCCAGUCCACCUUCCUCCGCUUUAACCACCCGGCCGAAGCCAAGUGGAUGAAGAGCAUGAUUCCGGCAGGGGGCCGGGCCCCUGGGCCCCCCUACAGUCCUGGCCCUGCAGAAUCAGAAAGCUUGGUGAAUGGGAACCACACCCUACAGUCUACAUCCCGGGGACCCUCAGCCUGUGCCAGCCACAGUUCCCUGGUGAGCUCUAUUGAGAAGGACCUGCAGGAAAUCAUGGACUCACUGGUGCUGGAGGAGCCUGGAGCUGCUGGCAAGAAGCCUGCUGCAACCUCCCCACUGUCUCCGAUCGCAAAUGGUGGGCGCUAUCUGCUGUCUCCCCCAACCAGCCCUGGAGCCAUGUCUGUGGGCUCCAGCUAUGAGAACACCUCUCCAGCCUUCUCGCCACUCUCCUCACCGGCCAGCAGUGGCAGCUGUGCCAGCCACUCACCCAGCGGGCAGGAACCAGCACCUGCCAUGCCCCCGCUGGUACCUGCUCGUUCCUCCAGCUACCACCUGGCAAUACAGCCCCCACAGUCCCGACCGAGCGGUGCCCGCUCCUCUGAGAGCCCCCGACUGGGCAGGAAGGGGGGUCAUGAGCGGCCUCCCAGCCCCGGCCUCCGGGGUCUCCUGACAGACAGCCCUGCGGCCACUGUCCUGGCGGAGGCCCGCAGAGCCACUGAGAGUCCCCGACUCGGUGGGCAGCUCCCUGUGGUGGCCAUCAGCCUCAGUGAAUACCCAGCUUCUGGUGCCCGCAGCCAACCCACCAGCAUUCCUAGUAGCCCUAAGUUACAGACUCCGGUCCCUGCUCCCCGAAACAAGCUUGGUGCACUGCAGGACCGCCCUCCCAGCCCUUUCCACGAGCUGCCAGGCUCCGAGCGGGUGUUGACGACCAGCCCCUCACGCCAGCUGGUGGGCCGGACAUUUUCAGAUGGGUCAGCCACGCGGCCCCUGCAGCCUCCCGAGAGUCCCCGCCUAGGCCGGCGGGGCUUGGACAGCAUGCGGGAGCUCCCUCCCUUGAGCCCGUCUCUCUCCCGGCGAGCACUCUCCCCCAUGCCUGCCCGGACCACCCCGGAUCCCAAGCUGGCCAGGGAAGUGACUGAGAGCCCCCGCCCCCGGCGCUGGGCAGCCCACGGGGCUUCACCUGAGGACUUCUCCCUGACGCUGGGGGCACGGGGCCGAAGGACGCGCAGUCCCUCUCCUACGCUCGGGGACUCUCUGGCCCCCCGCAAGGGCAGCUUCAGUGGCAGGCUGAGCCCGGCCUAUAGUCUGGGCUCUCUGACUGGGGCUUCCCCCCGCCAGAGCCCCCGUGCUCAGAGGAAGCUCUCUAGUGGGGACCUGCGCGUGCCCAUCAUUCGCGAGCGGAAAAACAGCAUCACAGAGAUCAGCGACAAUGAGGACGACCUCCUGGAGUACCACCGGCGGCAGCGCCAGGAGCGGCUCCGGGAGCAGGAGAUGGAGAGGCUGGAGCGCCAACGCCUGGAGACUAUCCUGAGCCUGUGUGCGGAGUACAUCCGGGCUGAUGAGGGCCCCGAGGCUGGGGAGCUGCCCAGUAUUAGGGAGGCCACUGCAGCACUGGCCCUGACAGGCCGGAGGCCCUCACGAGGCCUUGCAGGGGCCAUUGGGGCCUCUGGGCGGAGCAGUGAGGAGCCUGGAGGUGCCACCCAACGCCUGUGGGAGAGCUUGGAACGCUCAGAUGAAGAGAAUCUCAAGGAGGAAUGCAGCAGCACUGAGAGCACCCAGCAGGAGCAUGAAGAUACACCGAGCUCCAAGCUCCAGGGAGAGGUGCUGGCCUUGGAAGAGGAGCGGGCUCAGGUCCUGGGGCGUGUGGAGCAGCUCAAGGUCCGUGUGAAGGAGCUGGAGCAGCAGCUACAGGAGUCGGCCCGAGAGGCUGAAAUGGAGCGGGCCCUGCUGCAGGGGGAGAGGGAGGCAGAGCGCACGCUGCUGCAGAAGGAGCAGAAGGCAGCAGACCAGCUGCAGGAGAAGCUGGUGACCUUGGAGACAGGCAUGCAGAAAGAGAGGGACAAGGAGAGGGCGGAGCUGGCCGCGGGACGGAGGCACCUGGAGGCCCGCCAGGCGCUCUACGCCGAGCUCCAGACGCAGCUCGAUAACUGCCCCGAGUCAGUGCGGGAACAGUUACAGGAGCAGCUGAGAAGGGAGGCAGAGGCCCUGGAAACCGAGACCAAACUCUUUGAGGACUUGGAGUUCCAGCAGCUGGAGCAGGAGAGCCGCGCCGAGGAGGAGCGGGAGCUGGCUGGCCAGGGGCUGCUGAGAAGCAAGGCUGAGCUGCUGCGGAGCAUCGCCAAGAGGAAGGAGCGCCUGGCAGUCCUGGACAGUCAGGCUGGACAGAUUCGGGCCCAAGCUGUGCAAGAGUCAGAGCGCCUGGCCCGGGACAAGAAUGCCUCCCUGCAACUGCUGCAGAAGGAGAAGGAGAAACUGGCUGUGUUGGAAAGAAGAUACCAUACACUCACAGGAGGCAGGCCUUUCCCGAAGACCACAUCCACCCUCAAAGAGAUGGAGAAGCUGCUACUCCCCGCGGUAGACUUAGAGCAGUGGUACCAGGAGCUGAUGGCCGGGCUGGGGACUGGCCUUGCUGCAGGCUCCCCUCGCUCCUCUCCCCCGCCUCUGCCUGCCAAAGCUUCCCGCCAGCUGCAGGUUUACCGCUCCAAGAUGGAUGGUGAAGCCGCCAGCCCCCUGCCCCGGACCCGCAGCGGCCCUCUCCCCUCUUCCUCUGGGUCUUCCUCCUCCUCCUCCCAGCUCAGCGUGGCUACCUUGGGCCGCAGCCCCUCCCCGAAGAGCGCUCUGCUUGCCCAGAAUGGCACAGGCAGCCUUCCUCGCAACCUGGCAGCCACGCUGCAGGACAUUGAGACCAAACGCCAGCUGGCCCUGCAGCAGAAGGGGCAGCAGGUGAUUGAGGAGCAGCGGCGGCGACUGGCUGAGCUAAAGCAGAAAGCAGCAGCCGAGGCCCAGUGCCAGUGGGAUGCCCUGCAUGGGGCAGCCCCCUUCCCGGCAGGCCCCUCGGGCUUCCCCCCACUCAUGCACCACUCCAUCCUGCACCACCUGCCGGCUGGGCGGGAGCGCGGGGAGGAGGGUGAGCACGCCUACGACACGCUGAGUCUAGAGAGCUCCGACAGCAUGGACACCAGCAUCUCCACGGGGGCCAACUCUGCCUGCUCCCCCGACAACAUGUCCAGUACGAGCGGCUUGGAUGUGGGGAAGAUCGAGGAGAUGGAGAAGAUGCUGAAAGAAGCUCACGCGGAGAAGAGCCGGCUCAUGGAGUCCAGGGAGCGGGAGAUGGAGCUCCGGAGGCAGGCCCUGGAGGAGGAGCGGAGGCGGAGGGAACAGGUGGAACGGAGGUUGCAGAGCGAGAGUGCCCGGAGGCAGCAGCUGGUGGAGAAGGAAGUCAAGAUGCGGGAGAAGCAGUUUUCCCAGGCAAGACCCUUGACCCGCUACCUGCCCAUCCGGAAGGAGGACUUUGACCUGAAGACCCACAUCGAGUCUUCAGGCCAUGGCGUUGAUACUUGCCUGCACGUGGUGCUCAGCAGCAAGGUCUGCCGUGGCUACUUGGUAAAGAUGGGCGGCAAGAUUAAAUCUUGGAAGAAGCGCUGGUUUGUGUUCGACCGGCUCAAGCGCACCCUUUCCUAUUACGUGGAUAAGCAUGAGACGAAGCUGAAGGGGGUCAUCUACUUCCAGGCCAUCGAGGAAGUGUACUACGACCACCUGCGCAGUGCGGCCAAGAGCCCGAACCCAGCCCUCACCUUCUGCGUGAAGACCCACGACCGGCUCUACUACAUGGUGGCACCGUCUGCGGAGGCCAUGCGCAUCUGGAUGGACGUCAUCGUCACCGGGGCUGAGGGCUACACUCAGUUCAUGAACUGACCUGAGUGGAGCUCGGACCUCAGGCCACCCUGGGCCCACCCGCUGCUGCUCGGCUUGGUCCUGGAGGCCGCGGUGUGCUGGGCCACGGGCCUCUCAGGAGAGCCGUGGGCUUUUGUACAAAACGACUUCGUAAUGACCAGCUCUGUGAGUUUCCGAGCUUGGGCCCCUCAAAGAGCCAGCCGGACCUAGAGCGUGGAGAAAGAGCCCAGACCUCGCAAUGCCCUUUCAGGGGCUGGGCCAGAGCCGAGGAGCUGUCACAGACGUCUCAGCUCUCCCCUGGCGCCUGUGCUCCCCAGCCUGUGUUCUCAUUUGUUAAGGACAAGUUAUGGUACCAGAAUCUGCCAAAGAUCCCCUCUUGCCCAGCAGGCCUCGGGCGCUGAGCAGAGUGACAUCCAGAGUGGGGUGACAGCUCAGGCAGUGUACUUCUCGAACCUCGCUCUACCCUGUUCCCCCGUUUAUAUUUUUUACUUGCUCAAGGGCCAGUGACCUCGGGUGUCACCCUUGAGGUUCCUGCCCCACCCCUUGUUGCAGACCCAGCCCGUGGUCCCCGUAGUAACUGCUGCAUUGCCGUGGUUACAUACCAAUUGCCGCAGCUGCAGCCCCAUCCGAGGUGCGUGCCACCAUCUCUCCAGCCCAGGCCCCUGGGUGACUAGUGCUGGGGGACAGGACUGGGCCCCUGCUCCCUGCAUCUCCAGGCCCUGCCACGCAGCCUGCCAGCCCCCCAGUCCAACCUCUCCCUUCCACUUGUGCCUUGCUUAGAGCCAGAAGGGAUGAAACAGGGGAAUCUAGAUACCAGAGGAGCGAGGCACAUGGACUGGCCGUCCUCGGGGUUCUCUGCAGGACUGAGGUGCUGACAGGGACGGAGGAUGGUUCAGAGGCUCCCUGGGGAAAGCCCAAGCAAGAGAGGACGCACUAGAGCGGGAGGGCCCCCAAUCCGGCUGCCUGCUCUCAGCCUCAGCAGAGGGUGGAAACAGAAAGCAGAGGACCAGGCAGCCAACCAUCUGGCCUCAGCCCUUCACGCCUUAACACUAAGCCCCGCUCCCUGCCCUCCUCCUCAGCGCCGGCCCCAUGGCUGCUGGGCCCGGGCUGGGUGUUUUUCAGUGUUUGUAAGCAUCUCAGCAAAACAAUAAAGCAUUUGGAGUAUGUUUGGGAAGCCAGGUGAUGUGGGGCCGGGGCUGGGUUACAUGGGGCGGGCAAGCUACGUUGUCUCACGAAGCAGGAUUUCCACCUUCUUAUUAAAUGUGCCAGAAAGGACCCGGGCCCCCAACCCAUGACCUCAGGUCCUUACCUUGUCCCCACGCCGCUGGCUGGGGAGCAGGAGGACAUGGGGUCUCAAGCAGUGGAGGAUGAAGAGGCGGGAGCAGGCAAGGCUCAUACAGAUUUAAUAGUUGGGAGCCUGGGGAGGCGAAGGCAGACCCAGCAGUGAGGUCCAUCACUGUGCCAGUAAGCUGAGGAGGAGGCUGAGCAGGAGCGCAGAUGCAAGGCAGUGGGGCUCGAGGAAAGCCAUCUGGGUUCCUGACGUCAGCUGGUCACCAUAGAGGUCCAGGAGGAUCAUGGCUACUCCGUUCGUCCAGCCGAACCCCGUCUGGAGAGAAACACGGCCAAUGGACAAGAUGGAAGACUCCUCACCCCCGCCCCAGUCCUCGCAUGAGGCUGUGGGAUCUCCCACCAGAGGCACCGCUCAGGGUACUCCCCUUGGACCCACACACAGCGAGGUAACACGAACAGGAUCCAUUCAGGGGGCAAGAGAGCCAUGGAUGUGGGAUGUCAGCCACUUACCUGAACUUCAUACUCCCCUCCACCACCUGGCUGGCCUUUAUCAAUGUCAUACUAGGGACAAGAGGACAGGUGCUAAGGUCAGGAGAUACCCCAGUCCCACCACCCCAGUCCUUCAGGGGAAGGAAGAAAUGGGAUCCUCUUUGGAAGAAGCUGCUUUCCACAGCUGUUGCACCAGUUUUACAUCCCCACGACCCGGCCCUCUGGGGAAGCUGGAAGGAAAGGCCUC